ACGAUUUUCCUUCCUUCCUUCUCCCUAUUAAUACCCGCAAUUCUCUUUCUCCUAACAUCUGUUUAAGAAAUUUGUUUUCGCAGUCGUCGAAACUCUGCCUUUUUCUUGAAGCUUCCAUUGUCUCCGGUUGCUUUUGCUUUUGCUUUUGCUUUUGCUUCGCAUAGGAAAUGGAUGGUGCAAAGAAAGGUCGUGCUGUCCUGGUUUUCACAGAUGGAGCAGUUCUUUCCGUCAGUCAAGUGUUUGAGACAAUUACAGAACUUGGCAAUGAAGGGGUUCAGGGAUCUGAUCCUCUGGUUCUUACAUCUGCCUCGCUUUUAAGCAAUUUGCCAUUGGAUUCUUCCUGUGUUGAUUCUGCUAUUUUAAACUGGUUGUCAAGUGAUUGUCCUGGGGACCAACUGAUUCAAGAAAUUCUUAGAGUGUUAAAAGUGGGUGGUAUAAUUCUCAUUCGCAAGUCAUCUCAGUCUACUGUGGGCUCAUUUGAUAAGAUAAUAUCUGAUCUUCAGAGCAAGUUAUUGCUGGCAGGGUUUUCAGAAACACAAGUUUUACAAUCAACUGGGAUCAAAGCAAAAAAGCCCUCAUGGAAAGUUGGUUCAUCAUUUUCCUUAAAGAAGGUGAUAAAGAGUUCACCUAAAAUGCAAAUUGAUGUUGAUUCGGAUCUUAUAGAUGAAGAUAGUCUUUUGACUGAAGAAGAUUUGAAGAAACCCCAGCUACUGCCAGGUGAUUGUGAAAUUGGCAGUACUAGAAAAGCUUGCAAAAAUUGCACCUGUGGGAGGGCUGAAGAAGAGGAAAAAGUUUUGAAGUUAGGAUUGACAGCAGAACAGAUUAAUAAUCCUCAAUCAGCUUGUGGCAGCUGUGGGCUCGGAGAUGCAUUCAGAUGCAGUACCUGUCCUUAUAAGGGAUUGCCUCCCUUUAAAUUGGGCGAGAAGGUAGCACUGUCUGGUAACUUCCUUGCUGCAGACAUAUAAAUGGAUAAGAUUGCAGUACGUUUUGUCAUGGAAAUCUUAUUAUUAUAGGAUUAUUUAUGUUGUAUUUGUCAAACACGAGUUGUGUUAAUACUACUAGCCGAACCAUUCAUCCGAGGAAUUAUAGAACUGUAAUGUUAUUUGUCUCUUUCUCUUAUCUA